CGGCCACUUUGCGCGAUACUAGUGUGUUGUUUCCCAUCAGCCCCCUUGGCUCGGGUCGGCGGCAUUUCCGACCCGUGCUUUAAUUAUUGUCCUUAGACUUUAUUCCUUUAUUAUUGAAGUCUUUGUAAGAUGGCGGGCGUCCUGCAGCAAGUGCUGGAGAAGACCGAGCUCACUAAGUUACCCAAGGCCAUUCAGAGCAAGCUAGAGCGGGCUUUCGCUGAGCAGCAAGGCGACAUAGAGAGCUUGAAGGCGCAACAUGAGAAGUUCCGAGUGGACUGCGAUCAACAAUAUUUUGAAGUUGAGAAAAGGCUGGGUCAAUGUCAGGAACGUCUUGUAUCUGAAUCACAGGAAUGCCAGAAUUUGAGAGAACAACUCAAUAAAAAAAACGAAGAGCAAAAAGAAUUAAAUGAAAAAGUGAGAGAUCUCGAGACAACCAAUGAUCGACACAUAGCUUUGCAGUCUCAACUAACAAGAACUAAAGAAUCAAUUGAGGCAGAAAAAAGGGAUUUGGUUCGCACAAAUGAAAGAAGAGCCCAAGAGCUGGAACACUUAAACGAUGAGAUUAAACGCCUUAAUGAUAAGCUCAAAGAAGCCAAUGAUGCAAAGUUAGAGCUGCAGUUAAAGCUGGAUGAGUUACAGUCAUCAGAGGUUUCUGUGAAGUAUCGAGAGAAACGUUUGGAACAAGAGAGAGAGCUCUUACAGAGUCAAAACACCUGGCUAAGUAAAGAACUGAGGUCGAAAACCGAUGAGUUGUUGGCUGUUCAGAAAGAGAAAGGAAAUGAGAUUUUGGAACUUAAAGGAAACUUGGAAAACAAAAAAGAUGAGGUUACGAGACUGGAAGAGCAGACUAAGAUCCUUAAAUCUUCUAAUGAAGAUUUGCAAAAGCAAGCGGAAGAGCUCAUGAUUAAACUAAAGGAGGUGAAAGAGCAGCAAACAAGUAUGGAAGAAAAAUUCCAUAAUGAAUUGAAUUCAAACAUUAAGUUGUGUAACCUCUACAAGAGUGCAGCUGAAGACUCGGAAGCUAAGAGUACAGAGCUCACCGGGGCGAUGGAAGAACUUCAGAAGCUUCUGAAAGAAGCAGGUGAUGCUAACAAAGCACUACAGGACCAGCUGGCGGAAAAAGAAGCGGGAAGCUUUCUGGUGGAAAAAGAGCUAGGUGAGAAAAUCCACAAUCUUGAGAGGGAACUUGAAAAUGCCAAUGACCUGCUUUCUGCCACCAAAAGAAAAGGCACACUGCUUUCUGAAGAAGAACUAACCCUGAUGUCUCCUACUGCUGCUGCAGUUGCUAAGGUUGUAAAGCCAGGAAUGAAGUUAACAGAGCUCUACAAUGCAUACGUGGAAACUCAGGAUCAGUUGCUGAUGGAAAAACAAGAAAACAAAAGAAUCAACAAGUACCUAGAUGAAAUAGUGAAGGAAGUAGAGGCCAAGGCGCCCAUUUUCAAACGCCAACGUGAAGAGUAUGAACGCAUGCAGAAAACUGUAGCAAGUUUGUCUGCCAAGCUUGAACAAGCAAUGAAGGAAAUUGAGCGAAUGCAAGAAAAUACAGAUAAGGCAAAUAAGCAUGCAUCACUUCUCGAGAGAGAGAAUCAGAGGCUAGAAUUACAAGUCACAGAUCUUUCUCAACAGAUCAGAGUAUUGUUAAUUGAGCUGGAAGAGUCCAGAGGAAACCAUAUUCAACGAGAUGAUGUGAGCUCUGCUAACAUUAGCAGCUCCUCUGAAGUGAUAUCGCAACACUUGGUAACUUACCGAAGCGUUGAAGAAUUGCAGCAGCAGAACCAGAGACUCUUGGUAGCUCUGAGAGAACUAAGUGAAACCAAGGAGAGAGAAGAACAAGAAACAACAUCUGCAAAGAUUUCUCAGCUUGAGAGAGAGUUGGAAAGUGCUGUCUCUGAACUGCAGCAGCACCGUGAAUCUCGCAAACAUCAAAUGCAAAUGGUGGAGUCUGUAGUUCGUCAGCGUGAUAUGUAUCGUAUACUUUUGGCUCAGACUGGGGUAUCUCUGCCUGUGCAAGGUGAGACAUCCUUAACAUCAACUCCAACAAAGGCUCCUGGGACACCUCAGAUUAUUUCAACUCCUACAGCUGCUCCUACAACUUCAGAAUCCACUGAUGCAGUUGAGGCCAAAGCUGCUUUAAAACAGCUGCAGGAAGUGUUUACAAACUACAGGAAGGAAAAGUCAGAAAACGACAAAAUCCUAAACGAGCAGAAUGAGAAGCUGCAGGAACAAGUUACUGACCUACGUUCUCAAAAUGCCAAAAUUUCAACCCAGCUGGAGUUUGCCUCUAAACGGUAUGAAAUGCUACAAAAUAAUGUUGAAAGUUAUCGCAGGGAUAUUACAUCCUUGCAGGGACAAAAUCAAAAACUUUCUGCCACAGUUCAAAAGCAGGAGCAGAUCAUUAAUAUAAUUACACAAGAUUUAAGGGCAGCUAAUGAAAGACUGGCUGUAGCGGAAGUGAGAGCAGAAAACUUAAAGCGAGAAAAGGAGCUUUGUAAGAUGUCUGAGGCCAGACUCACACAAGAACGAGACUCAUUGAUUGCUGAGCAAAGAGGGCAAAAUCUGCUGCUAACAAACUUACAAGCUAUACAAGUUGCCUUGGAACGAUCGGAUACCGAGAUCAGGCAAAGAUAUACCAACCAAAUAGAGAAGCUGGAGCAAGAGUUGGCUCAGAUUAAGAAGAAAUUAGAACAUGAAGUAGAACAAAAACACUUGCUGAGCAAGAACCAAGAUGUUCAGGUCUUGGAUUUGAAGAGGCAGUAUGAAUCUGAAAUAAACCUUCACAAUAAAACAAAGGAACUUCUGAAAAACUCCAACAAGGAAAUCUCUGUUUUGAAGCAACAGCUGAGUAAUUUUGAAGCACAGCUUGCUUCUCGCUCAAGCCAGCAGACUACUGACAAAGGCAAAGACAGUGGUGAAGAUAUUGAGGAGCUAAAGACUAAGCUGAGACAGUCAGAAGAGCAACUUAAUGAUCUUAAAGAGCGUCUGAAAACUGCAACUAGUAACGUGGAGCAAUACAGAGCCAUGGUGCUUGGUUUGGAAGAAUCUCUUAAUAAGGAAAAACAGAUCACAGAAGAAGUCCGUAAAACUAUUGAAACUCGCAUGAAGGAGGCAUCAGAGUACCAAGCACAGCUGGAAAAGAAAAUGGUGGAGGCUGAGAAGGAGAAGCAAGAACUGGCAAAUGAGAAGCACAAAGCUGUAGAAAAUCUAGAGCAACAAUUGGUACAGCUCAGGCAGAGUCUCUCUAACCUCCAAGGAGAAGUCCAGCAAGCUCUUCAGAGGGCUGCCACAGCUUCUAACAAUGAGCAGGAGGCCCGACAGGAUUGCCAAGAACAAGCUAAAAUUGCUGCAGAGGCACAGAAUAAGUACGAACGGGAGCUCAUGUUGCAUGCAGCUGACGUUGAAGCGCUUCAAGCUGCGAAGGAACAACUGGCCAAUACUUCUGAGACACGUCAGAAGCUGGAGGAAACGGCACAGAAAGCAGAAUCCCAACUACUAGAGUCUAAAGCUUCCUGGGAAGAGAGGGAGAGAGUUCUUAAGGAUGAGGUGUCCAUGCACCUGUCCCGCUGUGAAGAUUUGGAUAAGCAAAACCGGCUAUUACUUGAUCAGAUAGAAAGCCUCAGCAAAAAGAUGGUCACCUCUGUUCAGGAAGGAUCUUUGAAUAUUUCCUUCAGCGAAGAGGGCAAAUCCCAGGAGCAAGUUAUGGAGAUUCUCAGAUUUGUACGACGGGAGAAGGAAAUUGCAGAAGCAAGAUUUGAGGUAGCCCAAGUGGAAUGCUUACGUUACAAACAAAGGAUAGAGCACAUGGAAAGAGAGAUGAAUGAACUGCAGGACAGUCUGAAUGCAGAACGGGAAAAGGUCCAGGUGACUGCUAAAACAAUGGCCCAACACGAAGAACUGAUGAAGAAAACUGAAACUAUGAAUGUUUUAAUAGAAAGCAACAGGCAGCUGAGGGAGAACAAAGAAAAGCUGGAUCAGGAACUACAGCAACUGCAAGCCAAGAUCCGAAAACUUGAAUCAAACAUUUUGCCGCUUCAAGAAUCCAAUACAGAGCUGAGCGAGAAGAGUGGUAUGCUACAGGCAGAAAAAAAACUUCUGGAGGAAGACGUGAGACGGUGGAGGUCUCGAACACAGCACUUACUGAAUCAACAAAAGGAUACCGAUGUCGAGGAGUACAAGAAGCUAGUUUCUGAGAGAGAUGUAAAUAUUAAACGGAUUCAGCAACUGACUGAAGAGACUGGAAAGUUAAAAACUGAAGUUGCCAGAACAAAUGCAUCUUUAAGUACAAGCCAAAGCCAGCUGCAGAGUGUGAAAGAAGAGCUAACAAAAAUCAAAGCAGACAAAGAAAAUCUGCAGAAAGAGCUGGAUGCAAAAGUCUUGGAUAUACAAGAGAAACUGAAAACUAUAACACAAGUCAAAAAGAUUGGCAGAAGAUACAAAACACAGUAUGAGGAGCUGAAGGUGCAGCAUGACAAGCUGGUUUCAGAAACAUCUGCCACUGAGGCAGAGCAGUCAGAAGACAAAGCUUCUCAGAAAGAACUGCAGGAGUUAAAAGAUUCCCUUAGUCAGUCGGAGACCAAGACUUCCAGUCUGCAAAGCCAAGUGGAAAGCAUGCAGAAGACCAUUGAGGAUAAGGAAAAUGAACUGAAAGGUUUGCAAGAACAGACCUCACACUUGCAGUCAGAGUUAACAAAGCUUCAAAAAGACCUUCAGGACAAGACAACCCAAGAAGAACAGAUGCGUCGGCAAUUAAAUGAAAAGGAAGAGAAGACCAAGAAAACUUUGUUUGCAGCGAAACAGAAAUUAACACAACUUAACACUUCUAAAGACCAGUUAACAGCUGAUAAUGAGGAGUUGAAACAGAGAAAUGCUGCUCUUGAGCAGCAAAGAGAAGAGCUCGAGGUUCGAAUGAGUGCUCUGAAAUCUCAGUACGAAGGCCGAAUCUGCCGCCUUGAGAGAGAACUGAGGGAACAGCAAGAGCGCCAUCAUGAGCAGCGAGAAGAGGCACAAGAACCUACUAAGAUCAGUGAGCAAAGGCUUACGUUGAAAACCACUCAGACGUCUGGUGAUAGAGGAAUUGCAAGCAGCUCAGACCCUCCUACAGCUAACAUCAAGCCCACUCCGGUUGUGGCCACACCAAGCAAGGUAGCCACUGCUACAGUACCUGGUAACAAGUCCACACCAAGGGCUAGUAUUCGACCAAUGGUUACUCCUGCUACAGUGUCCACUCCAACAACCACCCCAACAGCAACAGUCAUGCCCACCACUCAAGUUGAGACACAAGAAGCCAUGCAACCUGAAGGUUUAAUGGAACAUGUUCCAGUAUUUGGAAGUGCUAGUGGAUCUGUUCGUUCCACCAGUCCAAAUGUACAGUCAUCUCUUCCACAAACGAUGUUAACUGGCCAGCAGCAAACUCAAGCUACAGCCUUUGUUCAGCCCACUCAGCAGUCACACGCUGCUGUAGAGCCAUCCACUCAAGAGCCAAGUCUGGUGGAAGUUCAGAGUUCUCCGAUUGAGAGACCAACUACAUCCCUGUUUGGCAAUUCAACUGCAAGCUCUUCAGCACCCAAGCGAGCACGUGAAGAGGGAGAAGAAAGCACAACUGAAACUGAGCAACCACAAGAAGAUCAGGAAACCCCUCAUAAUAAAAGAUUGAGAACCCUUCAGAGAGGAGGAGUAGAGGAGGAAGUGGGGGCAGAAGAAACGGUAGAAGCAGAGUCUCGAUCAUAUAACCAGGAAUCACAAGACACACAAUGUAGCUCAUUGGACUACCAACAAAUUGAGGACACUGAGGACAUGUCUCAGUCAAUCCUGGACAUAGCCACACAGUCAUCUGAUCAGUCCCAAAAUGUUCAGUCUUCACUGGAUACUCCCCCAAAGCGUGCAGAUGUAAUUGUUAUAGACAGUGAUGAGGAGGAGGAGGAAGAAAAUGAGGGCGAUCAGGAGGAUUAUGAGGACGAGGAGGAAGAUGAUGAUGAUGACAAUGGCAUGGGUGACGAAGGGGAUGACAGUAAUGGAGAAACUGGAAGCGCGGAUGGCAAUGAAGCUUAUGAAGGCGAUGAUGCUGAGGGAGCUGAUGGGACUGACCCUGGUACAGAGACUGAGGAAAGCUUGGGUACAGGAGAUGGAAACCAGAGAGCAGCUGACUCGCAGAACAGUGGGGACUCUGGUGCAGGAGCUGUUGAAUCCACGAUCACACAAGAUGCAAGAGAGCAACCUUCAUCUGCCUCUGAUCGACAAGCCCCUCGUCCCCCUCAGUCUCCUCGUAGACCACCCCAUUCCCUUCCUCCCCGUCUUACUAUCCAUGCACCACCUCAGGAAUUGGGACCACCAGCACAGAGAAUACAGAUGGCACGCAGGCAGUCCGUGGGACGUGGCCUUCAGCUCACACCUGGCAUAGGUGGAAUGCAACAUUUCUUUGAUGAUGAAGACAGGACUGUGCCUAGCACUCCCACUCUUGUGGUGCCACAUCGUACAGAUGGCUUUGCAGAAGCUAUACAUUCCCCUCAGGUUGCUGGAGUGCCUCGUUUUAGGUUUGGUCCACCAGAAGACAUGCCACAGGCUAGCUCUAGCCAUUCCGAUCUUGGACAGCUUGCAUCUCAAGGAGGCUUAGGAAUGUAUGAGACACCCCUGUUCCUGGCUCAUGAAGAGGAAUCUGGUGGUCGCAGUGUUCCAACAACACCGCUGCAAGUUGCAGCUCCUGUCUCUGUUUUUGCAGAAAACCCUGCUGCUGAUACUUCUGACCAUGCGUCUCAGUCUGUUCCAAUGGUUACAACAUCCACUGGGAAUGUGCCUACAGCUGUAGACUCUGGAGCAGCAGACGAAGGAGAUGAGGUUUUCGUGGAGGCAGAAUCUGAAGGAAUAAGCUCAGAAUCUGCACUGGAGAUGGACACACAGCAAGAAGAAGAAAGUGUGCAGCCUUCAGAGACUGAUCUUCCUUCUACAAGCCAAGACCCUCCAACUAGCAGUUCUGCAGACACGAGCAGCAGCCAACCAAAGCCCUUUAGACGAGUGAGACUUCAGCCGCAAACAACAAGGACAGGAGUUCGUGGACGUCAGUUUAACAGACAGAGAGGUGUCACUCAUGCUAUGGGAGGCAGAGGAGGCAUCAACAGGGGCAACGUCCUUUAAGAGUAUUGCAUGUCUUCUGUAUCUGUUUAACAACUUUGACAUUAUUGGUUUUUAGUGAUAGUAAAGUUUAAAGCAUUGUUUUGUAAAAGCGAAAUUAAAGUCUUUAUUAAUAAACA